GGUCACAUGCCUAACCGGUAAUCCCCCAAUGCGAGCGCUCGCCCGGUCUCCCGUUCCCGUCCAUCCCCGACCCCGAGUUAUUACUCUCCUCUCUCCCCUCUCUCUCUCCAGGAAGGACGCCUCGCCAGCCCCCUCUCCCAUCCAGGACCGCGACCACCGUGCUAAAAAUCCCCCACAAUGCCAGUGGUCUUUGUCCCUACAUGGCCUGGACCACGCGCGGAAGCCCUCGCUCUCCAAACUACCACUUCCAGUUCCUGAUCGGGAACCCCAGAUCGCCCCGCUCCUCCUCCUCCUCCUGCAAUUGAUGGAUCACCGGAAGCAGCAGCAGCAGCGGGAGAGCCCCAGUACUCCCCGCAGCGGCGGCGGCGGCCGCGCGCCGUCGUCGGGCAAGGGGGCCAAGGCGGGCGGCGGGGGCAAGAAGCCGAUCAAGGUGGUCUACAUCUCCAACCCCAUGCGCGUCAAGACCAGCGCCGCGGGCUUCCGCGCCCUCGUCCAGGAGCUCACGGGCCGGGACGCCGACCCCUCCAAGUACAGCACCGACGACGACGGCGGCGCGGCGCAGGAGCUCAGCCCCGAGGGGAGCGCCGCCGCCCCCGGCACCGUCGCGGCGGGGUACCAGCUGCCCGACGACGUAGCCGCCGCGGCGGCGUUCAACAACGGCCGCGAGGAGGAGGGGGAGGGGUAUGGGGAGGAGGACGACAUCUUCAGGGCGCAGCUGCUGGACAACGACUACUCCGUCUUCUCGCCGCCGACGCUGCUCUACGACUACCCGCCGCACAGCAACAAGGUGUAGUGACCAGUCAUCCACCCCGAUUAUACAUUAUUCCUCCUCCCGCACGCUACCUCCAUGUUAGCUGACGCGUGUGUGCCCCCCUUGCCUUUCCUUGCAUGACACGAUGAUCUCCGCUGUAUUGCAUGUGUGUAUGUGUGCCGCUAAGAUUAAUUUGUGCGUGCGUGCGAGCUCCAAUUUAAACCCGUGAUCAGCGUCGCGAUUCACCACGCGCAUGCCACUGUACAUGUUUAUUUGGGUCUGGGCCGCUGUUCUUUCUGCUUCCUUCCCCGUACGUCUCGUGUGUGGAAAACAAAGUUCCUGGCCGUAGUGAUGCAAUGUACGUAGUGUAAAUAUCUGUGCAUAUGCGUAGAUGUUUGGAUAACGUUUUUGUGCGUGACCUUUUCA